AUGAUAAAUUCUAGCCAUUCUAAUGAUCCCAAUAAUGCUUCAGUAUCUGAUAUAUCUGUUAAUGCUUCAGUACAAAUAUGCAGGCUUAUGCCAAAUUCUGAUGAUACUCCUGGACAGAUAGAAAAUAGUGCCAAUAUAUACCAGGAUAUGGUUAGCCAAUGCCCUACAUCCCAUAACCACCCUGAAAUAAAUCAUGAUAAUACUUCCACAAAAGGUGAGUCAUCCACAACCUCUUUGCCACAAGAUAUUAUCGAUGAUGAUUCAGCCGAGACCCUUGAUUUUCUCUGA